GUUUGCAUCUGAACGGAGCGUAAAGUUAUGUGCGUUUGAAUUUGGCAGGAGGAGGAAGGGGAGGAGGGAGAGGAGGACGAGGUCUGUCGACUGCAGGAUUCCAUCACUCUUGGCAACCGUUGUUGCGUUACCACGGUAACGCUCUGCAACAUUCUCUGCUUCUUUGUCCUCCUCCAUCACUCCUCUUCCCCCAUCUCUCUCUCUCUCUCACUCCAUCCCGUCCUUGCGUUGCUACGGCGAUGCUCUGGGACAUUCAGCGGCAUCGUUUUGCCGCCGCAGUGCCGGAGCGCAGAGGUCAGCUGUGAGCCGCUGGAGGAAGUCGCAGCCAGCCGAUCGCCUCGUUCCUUCUCUCCUCUCUGCGUUUGCAACUUUCAGAUUCUCCUGACCUUUAACCCCCACCCGCCGCUUCUUUUACCGAUCAGCCAUCGACCGGGAUUGGCCGGGCUUCGUCAGGUGACGUCACAGGAAGUUGGACGAAGUUUCAUCGAACUCCAGCGCUCUCCUCUGCGAUCAGCGUCGAUGUUUUCACGACUCCUUCGGUGCGAGAGACGUCGGGACUCUCCACAGGGACCAAACUCUGCUCCGUGAACACUUGUGCAAAACCUGAGCGAGAUGAGCGAGGAGGUGGAGGAGGCGCAGCUGCUGGAAGCCGAGGAGCAAGAGGAGGUGCAGCAGCAACAGGAGGAAGAGCUGCAGGAGGAGCAGCAGCUGGAGGGAAACCUGGAUAAGCUGCAGCAGCAGCAGCAGGUGGAAGAGCUAGGUGAGGAGGAGGUGGUGCAGCAGUUGGAGAUGCAACAGGAGGAGGAGGAGGAGGUAGUGCAGCAACAGGAGGACAGCCUGUCUGAGGAGGUGCUACAGAAAGAGCAGGAGUUUCAACUGCAAGAAGAAGAAGAAGAAGAAAAAGAGGAGAAGGAGGAGAUGCAACAAGAAGAGGAGGUGCAAGAAAGUGAGAAGGAGGUGCAGGAGAGUGAAGAGCUGCAGCAGCCCGAGGAGGAGGAGGAGCAGCGGCAGGAGGAGGAGGAGGUGCAGAGUGAGGAGAUGCCACAGUCUGAGGACCAGCAGACUGAGCAGCAGCAGCAGCAGACGGAGGACUUUGUGGACGCUGUGGAGCAGAACCACAACAACCAGGUGCUGAUCCGGCUGAGAGGAAUGCAGAAAUAUAAAAGUACAUCACAGAGGCUGAAGGGGGUCCUGGAGCAGAUGGACCGCGGUGUCGUGGACCUGCAGGAACUCCGCAGGAACCUGGAACUGGCCGCCGCCAUGCUGGACGCUGUUUACACCGAUGAGACCAGGCGUCUGUUGGACACCGAGGACGAGCUCAGCGACCUGCAGGCGGAGUCGGUGCCCACGGAAGUACGCGAUUGGCUGGCGUGCACCUUCAGCAGGAAGAUGGGUGUGGCCAAGCGGCGUCCCGAGGAGAAGCCGAGAUUCAGGAGCAUCGUCCAUGCGGUGCAAGCUGGGAUAUUUGUGGAGAGGAUGUACAGACGGACGUCCAACAUGGCGGGUCUGACCUACCCUCCCACGGCUUUGACAGCUCUCAAGGAGGUGGAUCAGUGGUCCUUUGAUGUCUUUUCCUUCCAUGAGGGCACCGGAGAUCACGCCCUCAAGUUCCUGGUCUAUGACCUGCUGACCCGCUAUGACCUCAUCAACAGGUUCAGGAUCCCAGUGCAGGCUCUGGUGCAGUUUGUUGAGGCUCUGGAGAACGGCUACAGCAAACACAGGAACCCCUACCACAACCUGAUCCAUGCUGCCGACGUCACUCAGACCGCCCACUUCCUGAUGCUACACACCGGACUGAUGCACUGGCUCAGCGAGCUGGAGAUUCUCGCGAUGGUUUUCGCUGCAGCCAUUCACGACUUCGAACACACAGGAACCACCAACAACUUCCACAUCCACACCAGGUCGGAGGUGGCCAUCUUGUACAAUGACCGGUCGGUGCUGGAGAACCAUCACGUCAGCGCCGCCUACAGGCUGAUGGCCGAGGAGGACAUGAACAUCCUGGUCAACCUGAACAAGGACGACUGGAGGGAGCUGAGGUCUCUGGUGAUCGAGAUGGUGAUGUCCACUGACAUGUCCUGCCACUUCCAGCAGAUCAAGACCAUGAGGAACGCUCUGACGCAGACACACAGUAUCGACAAAGUGAAGGCGUUGUCUCUGAUGCUUCACGCUGCAGACAUCAGUCAUCCUGCCAAAGCCUGGCCGCUGCACUACCGCUGGACUCACAGUCUGAUGGAGGAGUUCUUCAGACAGGGAGACAAAGAGGUGGAACUUGGCCUUCCUUUUUCUCCUCUGUGUGACCGCAAAGCCACCAUGAUCGCCCAAUCACAGAUAGGUUUCAUAGACUUCAUCGUGGAGCCGACCUUCAGCGUUCUGAUUGACACAACGGAGAAGGUGAUUGGUCCUCUGAUAGAAGAGGACAGGAAGGCCAGAGAGACUGGAAACAGGAGGUCCAGUCUUACAGGAAGCGGCUCGGUUACCGUGGAGUCGGUGCAGAGACACAGCAGCGGUCGCCACGGCAACAGCGAUGACGGACAGAUGGACUUCUCUCUGACGGCCAUCGACCUGCCGACUCUGAGGCUCCACCUGUCUGGUGUCAUCGCCAGCAACAAGGACCGGUGGAAGGAGCUUUCUGUGCACGAGCUGGCCGAUAAAGAGCAAGAGGAGAAAGAGAACACCGAGGUCCAAUCACAAGCCUCGCCCAGCCACACUGUCGCCGAUGGACACGCUUCUGACCAAUCACAGAACUCCGACGACACCCCACCUGAAACACAAGUCGACGAGGCACCUGACCCCGUAGAUCACCUGACCUGGAAUGGGGCGGGGCCAGGCGAGGACAAGAGGGAGGACGAGGAAGUGCCUGAAAACGCCUGACGACACUCAGUGGCGAACUCCCCCACUGUAUCUGACUGUGGCAGAUCACCAUGGCGACAGGCGGCGCGGUGCGGUGACGACGAGAGACGAACUCUUUAGUUUAAACACAGCAGCUGACUCAGUGGCCCCUCAGCGGCCCCCCAAAGGGCCACCGGACCUUAUGUUUACAACCGACUGAGAAAAUAUCACAUUUAUCAGAUUACAGCUUCUUAGCAGCUUCAUUGUUCAUUCUCAGUGCUCAAACAUGUUUAGUGAUUUUAUUAGAGACUCAGAGGAAACAGUUAACACUGAAAUAGAAAGAAAUCAGGGAGGUGGAAACCAAAGAGCAGACAGCGGCUGAAAUGCUAUCAGGAGGAAUGAGUCAUGGAGCUGUUAGGAGGCAGUCGUGGAGGUUUUGUUCAUGCAGCCGAGCACAGUCGUGUUCUUAUACACCUCUUAUAGUAUGUUCUGACUGUGAACGGUGACUGCUGCUCUGCUCUUUGUUCUGGCUUCAUCUAAUCAAGCAUGUUCAGGCCCUAAUCUGUGAUGCCAAACAAAACUCAAUAGGUCCUACAGGAUGUUAGUCAGACCAUUCUAGAAUGAUCUGACCUCACCUCAUUGUCAUUCUGCUACAGCGGGAAAAAACGCUCUGACUUGUUUGUAUUUCUUUAAACACAGUCACGGUUGUUUUUAGAGUGGCUUCGCCCGGGAUGCAGUGAUGGUGCCCCCUCAAAAUAGUGGAAAAUUUGGGGUGCCCAGAAAGCUCAACUGGUUGAGCGGAUGACCCAGAUGCAGUGGCUAGUCCCAGAUGCAGUGGCCUGGGUUUGAUUCCUGCUCAGGGCCCUUUACUGCAUAUCUUCCGCCUACUUUCCUGUCAGCCUCUCAACUGUACCUAUCUAAUAAGGCCAAAAAAAAAAGUCAAAAAUUUGCAUACAGGAAUGCGAGAAUAACAAAGUGGCUAAUUCGCUGAAAAAAACUAGCAAGGCUUCCUUACUACGUAAUCCAAGUCCUCUAUAAAACUUGAAACUUUCAUUGUGGCAGGGAGAUUGUUUUUCAUACUCAUGGUGAAGGCGAAUUUGAAAAUGGAAGCACAAAAAUAUUGGAAGCCACAUGAAAUGCAGGGCCAGUGGCAGCCUUAUAUGAGUCAGACUCAAAGGAUCGUAGUCUCCCGUAGCUAAAUACGGGUCUGUUUGUACAUAUUAUCAUUCCGCUAUAGGAGGAAAAAAACACUCUGACUUGUUCAUAUUUCUUUAAACACAGUCGCGUUUGUUUUUAGAGGAACUAAGCACAGGAUGUAGUGAUGGUGCCCCCUUAAAAUAAUGACGUGUGCCGUUGUUUCUUAGGUGAGAACUGUCAUUAAAAUUAAAAGAUGUCAUUAAAAGAUAAUUCACCAUAAAAAUUAGCAGGGCAAAACUUGAAAAUUUCAGCGUGGAAGGGAGAUUGUUGUUGUUUCCUCGAGUGAAGGGGAAUAUGAAAACAGCAACACAAAAAUAUUGGAAGCCACAUGAAAUGUAGGGCCAAUUAUACAUGCAGACUAUAUCCGAUGACUAGACUAACAGGAUUGUAGCCCCGCAUAGACAGAGAAUGGUCUGGCUGUACAUAUUAUCAUUGUGCUACAGGAUAAAAACACUCUGACUUGUUUACAUUUCUUUUACCACAGUUGCUAUGAGUGGAGCUAAGCCCAGGAUACAGUGAUGGUGUUCCCUCAGAAUACUUACCGUUGGAACUGUUUUGGUGGAAGGACGCGAGAACUAGAAUAAAAUGGCUAAUUCAUGGUAAAAAAUUAGCAGCAGCGUCUAACUGCACGAUCUAAAUCCUCUGCAAAACUUGAAACUUUCAGUAUGGGAGGUUGCUACCUGGAGGCGAAUUAGCUGUUGUGCUAGUGCUGAGUCCGAACCGCUGGUCUUUAUCUAAAAUAACAUGAGUUUUUAGUUUAAAUAUUUAAACAAAGGAUUUUGACAUUGAACAUUAAACAUACAAUACAUAUAAUACACAGUUAAGCUUGAUUAUUGCACCCACAGCCUAUCACUUAUUUUUAGACCUUCUAAUGUAGGAUUUUAGCUUUUUCCCCAUCUAACGUGAUUCCAGUAUGGCAUUUGUGUAUUUAAUUGUAAAUUUUUUAAUCCACUUAUUGAACCUGUUUGUGUACUGAUCAGAGAGGAGAAUCAGCUGAAACAACUGUCAGAAAAGAGGAGUUCCAGGAUGAAUGCAGCUCAUUUUCUGUCCUGUAAACAGAGCUUAACGAAUUCAGGUAUUUAAUCAACAGCUAAAUGAUCGUAGCUAUCAGAGCACAUCCCUGCUUUAAUGUAGUCACCACUCCUGUAUCACCUCCAGCUCUGUCACUGCACACACGUGUUUUUUUAGAAGUUGCAAUCAAAUUUGUAUCUAAGUCGUGGCCAGAUACUCUGACAGUCGUGUCACGGUGACUUUCAGAGAUGUGUUCCUGUGAAAGUGAACCGAACUAAAGCUGCAGUGAUGUUUAAACCCUCAGAGAGCAGAGCAGCGGCCGUGGCUUCAUCAGUGUGGAUUUCUUUACAUGUUUACACACGACUGCUUGAAAGCAAGUAUUUUUUUUAAAACAACACCGGUUGUCUCGUUGUACUUUGGGCCGGUAUGACUAUCGGUUAGCUUAGCAUUGUCCUCUCUGCCAUCAUUGUAGAAACUGUGGCGACCCUAUCAGAAAAAGAAUCCUCAUUAAAUCGACAGGAGCUCCGAGGUCAGACGGCUCCUCUGACUGUGAAUAAAAGAACAGUGCCCGCCCGUGGUAUCACCGUGGUGACGAGGGCGACACCGGUUUCUAUAGCAACGGCCAAUGAGCCGCAGGGUGGAGCCAAAAUGGCCGACAGUGGAAACUCUUUUAGGUCCUCUGAGCACUGUGUUCGUUCAUGCAACGUGUGCUAUAGUCAUUGUGUGCUCUUUGGCUCUGUGUGUGUGUGCGUGAGGUUUCGAAUGUGUGUGUGUGUGUGAGAGAGAGUGUGAGGAAGUGUGUGUGUGUGUGUGAGAGAGAGAGAGAGUGUGUGAGGAAGUGUGUGUGUGUGUGCUGUUUACUGUACAGCUGUUUUCUGUAUUAUUGUAUUAAACAUGCAGAACUCCA